UUGGUUAUUGGUUUUCACUUCACACACGGCUUUUCUUUUGUGUGAGGUUAAUAUAAAAUAUGCCCUAGUAGCAUCUCCAAGUAAUAUUUGUCUCUAGUUAUUGUAUUGGUCUGAUAUUUUUCACAUAAUGGCGUCAGUUUCUACCGCUCCAGCGCCGGGUAUGCACCAGAUCGACUUGUCCAAGUUAAAUCUUCACCAGUUGGCUCAGCUCAAGCAGCAACUAGACCAAGAGCUAAAUGUCUUCCAAGAUUCUCUUUCAACACUAAAGAUGGCUCAAGGCAAAUUCGUUGAGUCUGGCGAGAGCGUGGAAAAAAUUACACCUAGCAGCAAGGGCAAGAGUAUUCUGGUACCACUAACAGGCUCCAUGUAUGUGCCCGGUACUAUAGCAGAUACUGAACAUGUAGUAAUAGAUAUAGGCACAGGAUAUUAUGCACAAAAGGACAUAGAAGGUGCCAAAGAUUAUUUCAAAAGAAAAACCCAGUUUGUAACAGAGCAAAUGGAGAAAAUCCAAGCCAUGGGUAUUGAGAAAUCAAAGGUCCGAGAAGCAAUCUGCAUGAUGAUGGAAAUGAAGCUGCAAGCCCAGGCUCAGGCACAGAAGCCUUCCACCUCAUAACAAUGGAACAAGCCACUGACCCGCUUGCUUGAUCACAUAUUCAAAUUUACUUUGUAUUAAUACUGGUAUUAAAGAUUUUAUGAGUAAUUGUCACAUGUUUAAACGUGGUUUCCAGCAAUAAUAAUGAUAUUUGUGCUUUAGAUUCUAUGAAGCAUUUGUACAGUACUAGGUCACUAAUUUUGUUCUACUGCUCGAGUAGACAACAUCUACAUGAAGAAUUACCUUUAUUUCAGAAAUACUUAUCUCAUUAUUCUCUUUUGUUAUGAGAAUAGUUAACGUUUUAUUAAUACCUGUUCAUUUAAAAUUUAAAUUAUUUAUUCAUUGUCAUGUGAAUUGCUUUAUUUAGAGUUGUGUUUGAAAAAAUGCUUUUAUAACUAAUGUGAAAUUGCUUGUAAGGUGUAUAAUCAGAAAAUUAGGAGACAUAUUUUGUCUUUUAUAUAAAUCACACAAGAUUUGAAUUUUAAAUUGUAAUGCUUUGUACCUUACAAGAAUAUGAAAUGUGUGGAUCUUUUUUGAAGGUGACUCAUUUGUGCACCCUUCAUUGCAUUAUGGAAUUAAUAAAAAAAAGUAACUUG